UGUACCAUGGACCAAAAAUGUUUCUUUACUUUUACACACUGUUUUAAGCAUCUAUAACAUAUAAUAAUGACAAAUACUUGCCAAAUUUGGAAAGAUACAUCUCUCCUUAAAAAAAGGGCAAAAUAAUUUACACAAACGGACAUUUUCUGACACAUUUAUUGAUUAAAAAAAAGCUGUCAGCAUUACAGCUCCAGAAGGGUAUAGGUUCACAAUUUUCAUGUCAAUCCUUCUUCUGUGCAAAUAAAUGAUUACACAAUUUAUUUAAAGCUAAUAUGUGGCUUCCACAGUGUUAGUUAGCCAAAUAAAGUCUUCCAAACUUAGUCUUUGAGUGUCUCCAGAGUGGGAGUGGGGGGAUGGAGGGAGACCACUGCUCUGAAACACUUGGGGUGGCUUAAUUGUCAUGUACACCUGUAUGUUUAUGACAAUUGGUACCUUUACCUUUACCGGUCUACUUCAGACUGAGGAGGGCUCAUAUCGGGGUUCUCUUCAGGACUGACUUUGGUUUUUAGCCCAAUUGUGAAUCAAUCCUGAACACCUGCACCCAAUAAAAUAGAAGCACGACAACAGAACGAAAGAGCCCAGUAUAACGACCAACACCUGUCCAGUCCAGUCUGGAGCUCAUAAUCAGUGUGAAGUGAUCACACCUGCUCAGCAAGCCGGCUGGCGAUCACGUCUCCUCAAGAUAAGGGCCGGCCCGAGGCGUUUGGUGUCCACUGCUCCUGUCUUUGUUGAGGUCCUGCUUCACGAUGUGGUUUCUGGUUUUCGGCUGCACGGUGACAGCUGUUGGUGGUGUGCCUGUUCAUCCAUCCCAGGAGGCUACUGGUAACGCAACAGAUAAUGUCACUUUUCUGCUUAAUGUGACGACGCCAGCCAAGUCUUUUGUCUCUUUAAAUCACACCCAGAAUGGGACUGGUCCUGAGGCAGGUACAGAGACUUCAAUGUUUGAGCCACAGCAGACCAGUGCAGAAGAACUUGAAGAAGAUGAAAGUGUCCGAGAGGGAGAUAUUUUGAUUCUGGAGGACAGGAACGCUGUGCAGACCCUGUGGCUGGAAGCCAACAUGCCGUACACCAUCAGUGAAGAGCUGGCUAACCGAAAGGUUGACAUCCUCGCUGCCUUCAAGAUGAUAUCGGAUGUCUCCUGCAUUCACUUCACACCCCACACCACAGAGUUCAACUACCUCAACAUCAAAGAUGGCAAAGGCUGCGCCUCCUUCGUCGGUUGUCGAGGAGGAGCCCAGCCGCUGUAUUACGGCAGCAAGUGUAAAGUGGGGAACCUCUGCCAUGAGAUCAUUCAUGCUCUGGGGCUGCACCAUGAACACACCCGCGAGGACCGGGACCAGCACGUCACGGUGCAGUGGGAGAGCAUCAAGCCAGGGAAAAAAGGGAACUUCAAGGUGCAACAUGGAGACACUCAGAACUUGCCGUAUGACGUUGACUCUAUAAUGCACUAUGGACCGUAUUUCUUCAGUCAAGAUCGGAGUAAGACUCUGGUACCCAAGCAGGCUGGGUCGAACAUGGGUCAGAGAAAACGCCUCAGCGAUCUGGAUGUCAAGAGACUGAACAAACUCUACCAUUGUGAUGAGAGGACGUAACUGUGAGCUGCAUUGGCUGACCUGCAUUUAUUGUGAAAUUUUAAUAAAAUCACUAAAAACCUGCCGUUGCCAUUUCUAGCAUACUGUAGCUGCAGGAUUAAAUGGCAUCACGUUAGACCCGAUGGUUCUGGACCAGGGUUGCAAAAUUCUGGGAAUAUUCAAAGUUGGA